AUGGAACAUUUCAACGUGGCAGGGGAGGAACGUGCCGGGAGUUACUACGGGGAGUACAAUACAACUCCCAUGAAGGCCAAGGUCCUUUCUGACCCAAAAGGGGUGCUGGGAUGCCAUCCCAGUCGCUGGAUAUACGAGCUUACAAAUAAUCGCUUCACCGUCUGCGACCUCUUCGAACGAGCCCGAGCCCAGAGCGCCGAAUUCGAUAGCCCAUACACGUGGGACCACCCGCAUAAGCUUGUCAUAAACGGCAACCAAAGCUACUCGACAACCUCGAAGCACUUUCUCUCGGCAAUAUGUCUCGAUUGCCACUUCCAUUUCGUCUUCAAAAUGUCCUGGGACGAAGAACUGACGUCAUCGCUCUGCCACCACUCCCAGGCCGCCUGGCCGCCCCGGGACGAUAUGUUUCCAUGGCACCACCUUGCAUGGGCCGGCUCUGCGUCGCCAGGGAGCAUGGCCAGCGAUCACUGCAAAUAUAAUCCUAUUCUGGCCAGAGAGCACUUCGUCUGCACCGCCGACCCAUGCACAUUUCAAUUGACAUUGGAGAUUAGCGAGCCUCGAAUGCACAGUUGGGCUGUGAAGCUGCUUCUCGAUCACGAAGCAAUCCGACAGCAACUCGAUCUUGCCAAAGACCAAGAUCCUAGCAGAUACGAAGGCGCAACGGAUGAAUGGGCAUACCAAGCCCCUCUCAACCUCAAUACCUAUCUUAAAAAUCAACUGGAGUCGACUGCUGAGACCGUCCGAAGCAUAUCAAAGCGUAACAAGCGCUUCUCCGUUCUUUUUGGACCACGUUGCUUUUCCCUUUUCAGAGAACUCGAGUUUCAAGAAAAGGUGGAAGUGAAUGACGGUAUCGAUGAAGGUUCUUUCACGCCACGGCCUGCCGCUCCCCCGGAGGGCCCUUCAGGUACCACUGAGCUGAACACCUAUCGAGCAUAUCUUGAAGAUGUCCGUGCAGAAGUUCAGUGCCUGAUACACAAAGCUGGACAAGCCACCGAGAAACCGACUCUCUUUACCCCGAUGCUGCAUGGCGUGCUUCACUGCGUCGAGGUCAAGGAUGUGGAGUCGAAUGCCUUGGUUGGGACGGAUAGAUAUAGGUUUCUCGGUGUGCUCCCUACACAAAACAGAGACAUCGUCAUCAACGCCUUCAGAAGACAGUGGCACCUCCUGCCCUCGGCCCGCAGAGAGCUUAUCGAUGCUCUUCUGAACAUUGCCAACGACGCUCAGGACGAACUACUUAUCGAUUAUGCCGUCACGCAGUCCGCGGUAUACGAGAGCCAACCACGCCAGCAGGCUAUGGAUGAUGACGGCGGAGAAGUUUCUCAGGCGCUGGCGUACUUUGGCCUGGCCCCGCCAAACAACUACCCUGUUGAUGCCAUUAUUCAGGCUUUUCGAAAAAAAUUGGCCGAUGACCCAGCCGAGGCCGGGGCCGCCAGGAAUGUGCUGAUGGUAAUUGCAUCAGGUACGCAAGACGAUUACUAUCAGGCUGCUCUUCUUAUGGAAGCCGAUUCAAAAAUGUCUCUCGACACUGCCAAGCACGUUAUUGGCUUGAUCCAUUCGUCAAAUGUUGUAUCUGACGCUGGCCCUGCUACUCGCAGCAAGCUCCAGCAGUGCCAAGGGAGAGAGGCAAGGAGACUAUACCUGGAUGCUCUAGAUUCUAUCGCUGAGCAUACCGGGUCUCUUUCUCUCAAACAAGCAGCCUUGGAACUUGCUCACGAAAGUGAGACGGGUGCUGGGCUCGGCGACGUGAGCUCUGGUGCAUCAGUCAAUUUCUCGUUGCCUGUUGGUUUGGACAAUAUCGGUAACACGUGUUACCUCAACAGUCUGCUCCAAUAUCUCUUCACAGUAAAGCCCGUGCGAGACGUUCUAUUCCAGUACGAUGAUCUCAAGCUUGGCUUGUCUGAAGAGGCCAUUGCAAGCCGUCGCAUCGGUGGCAACAAGAUGCAGCUGGAUAGAGGGGAGGCCGUCGUUGCAGAUGCUUCCAGUCUAUCUAGUACAAAAACUCUCGUAGAGCACGAUGCGGGCCAAUCAGAACCUUCGUACGAGCGUGUUGAGGAGGCUCACGGACCGAAUGGCAACACUGUCCCAUCCGCAACGAAAACGAACAAUGGUGAUGAUGCAGUUAUGUUGGAUCCCGCAGCGCUCCACGCAAAGUCAAGCGAGAACUCCGAAGUUGAGAAGUCGCUUUCGGCGCUUGAUAGUAAGACUAGCGACGUCGAGAUGGUUGAUGCAGAUGCCCCUGAGACAAUUGAUCAAAAGGUCCUCAGUGCACUUGAACGGCAGAAACGAUCUUCCGGUACUGAUCAGCAAGAUGUUGAAGAAGUAAUGGGCAGCAUCAUCAAUCGCUUACAGGCCGCCAUUCGACCGACCUCCAUCGAUCCAAAGACCGGGAUUCAGCGUGAAAGCGUGAUGGAGACCUUUUUUGUUACGACGGUCAACUAUACCAAGAAGUUCCACGAAGACAAGUAUCAGCAUGAAGUCAGCUGGGACAGAUCUAUCACGGCCUUCCCGGCCGAGGAUGGACCAUGUUCGUUGUAUGACGCGCUUGGCAGGAACUUUGAUCAGCAGAUUCUGGAAGAAAGCAAACUAUCCCGCUACACUACAAUCAAGACAUUGCCGCCGAUUCUUCACGUGCUGAUCCAACGCACACAAUCCAACGGUAGCAAGAACGGCAACCCCGUCAUCAUCCCCGAGACACUCUAUGUCGAUCGGUUCAUGGAUACAGAUCAUAGCUCGCCAACCUUCCAGCGGCGUGUGGAGGACUGGGUCACGGCACAGCGCAUCGCCGAGAUCAGGGCGGAUUAUGAUAAGCUAGAAGCUAACCCUGCGUAUCUGAAGUCGCUUGAGCAUUAUACGGCGUCCAAGCCUACGGCACGGACUCCGCCCGAGAACCCAGACGACGCACUGGUGGAGGUGGAGACUUUUGACUUUGAUGGCCCUGUUGAGGACGACUUUCUGCUGAUUUCCCCCUCCAAGCCGACUAUGGAACUGGAUGAAACUCCCGCUCCCAAGGUCACGGAUAUCUAUGAAACGCACCUUCAAAUCAAACAGAUGAUGGAAGACGAGCUAGCAGCCCUUGAGUCAACUCUUGCCGCUCACCACGCAGAGCUGACAGAUGUUCCCUACCGUCUCCAUGCAGUCAUUUGCCACCGUGGUCAGCUCAUGUCUGGCCACUACUGGGUCUGGAUCCGCGACUUUGACGAAAACGUGUGGCGGUGGUACAAUGACGCGGAUGUCAAGGAGAACAAAAACACAGAGGAAGUGCUUCAGACUCUCAGCACGAGUGGCGAGCCCUACUUCUUGUGCUAUGUACGAGACACGGACAAGGAAAAUUUUGUCGACGUUCCGAAGCGCGAACAGCCGCCGCCGCCAGAACCGGAACCAAUGUUGGAAACUGUGCUCGAAGUCCCCGAAGUUGUGCUUGAAACGGAAGCCACGCCAGCGGAAACUAUCACGCCGGCGGUGGAAGAGCCCGCGAAGCCUGCGACGACCGAAGAUGAAAAGUUGGUGGACAUUAGCAUCCCAGAGGAUCCAACGGUCGCACGUGCAGCUUAG